CCGUGCCUGCCUCCGUAACGCUAGAUGGCAUUCAAGUCGCACCCCGUUACCGAGCGGUCGUGUGUUCCGUAGCUUGUCGUCGUUCUAACUUUCCGCGUGCUCCUCUCGUUCGUGAAGAACGUUACUAUUGGAAGUUGCUUUUUGUUUGAAUUUAUUUAACCGUCAAACUCGGUUUCGACUUUAAUAGCCCACCUUGCAACGCCUUUACGCUUGUAAAUUUUCUUUCGAGGGGUCGCAAAACAGUGUUGGUGUGAUAAAAAAAAUAUGUGAUUUGUGUUGUGUUUAUGUUUGCAAUGUGUGGUUUAGUGUAGACGUGGGUGGUUCACGAUGGGAUACACUACGAAUGGCGCGGGUCGGGCAGCGCACGAGGCGCUGUUGGCGCGACAGGAUGCUGAGCUAAGGCUCAUGGAAGCUAUGAAGAGAAGCCUCCAGGCAAAGAUGAAAAGCGACAGAGAAUAUGCUCUGGCGCUAAGUGCUGCGGCUGCGCAGGGGCAGAAGAUGGACAAAUGCGAAGAGCUAAAUGGAUCGGUGAUAGCGGCAGCAUGGCGUACCAUGACCGAGGAGUGGGAUAACACAAGUCGUCUCAUCAAAUUGAAUGCCGAAGCUCUCGAGUCUCGAGCUCUUGAUCGCCUCACCACACUGAUGACAGAACGAAGGAAGGCGCGCAAAGUGUACCAGGAGGAUCAUACAAAAAUCUCUUCUCAGUUCACACAGCUAUCCGAAGAAGUGCAGAGAAAACAGAGCGAGUACCAAAAGUGCCUUGAGUCUUACAAACAGAUGCGGGCCAAGUUCGAAGAGAAUUAUCUCAAAUGUCCAACUAGCAGGGGAGGGAGAAAGUUAGAUGAGACGAGAGACAAAUAUGGCAAAGCGUGCAGGAGACUCCAUCGGGCACACAACGAGUAUGUGUUAUUGUUGGCUGAGGCGACUGAAUGCGAACGAGCCCUUCGGACUGCAGCCAUCCCUGCGCUUUUAGAACAGCAACGUCGCCAGGGGGAAGCUACUGCUACUUCUUGGAAAGGGAUCCUUUUAGAAGUAGUGCAGCGUUCAGACUAUAGCACCGAAAAGUUCAGGGAGAUCCAGACCAAAGUCGAGACUACAGUGCAGAAUCUGAGGCCACAAGACGAGUACAAAGAAUUCUUAGAGAAGUACAAAUCGCCUCCAUCGACACCAGUGAUAUUUACAUUUGACGAAAGCCUAGUGGAAGACACGAGCGGUAAAUUACAACCAAAUCAACUGACAGUCGAUAAUCUCACAGUUGAGUGGCUGAAAGAGAAACUCACAGAGCUGGAGGCAACAUUGCAGGACAACAGAGAGAAACAGACCGCUUUGCAGGGACCAGAAAUUAUAGGGAAUGGGGUUUGCAAAAACAACAAUACCGGACUCACGAACGGCGUAAAUGGAAUCGACAGGCACUCUCCUCCGCCGAUUCCCGUCACAACAUCGGAGCCCAUAAAGUUGUUAGAGUUACGCGUAGCAGAACGCAAAUGUGCGAAACAAGCGGAGAUGAUACGAUCCGCGUUGGCCGAACUAGGAUGUGAAGAAGCACCCAGCGGCUGCCCGGAUCUGUCGGCCGAGACAGUCGGCGUUGACAGCUUAGACGGAAGCUCUCCCGAUCAUCAGGGUCGAUCAUCGUUUGACUCGAAAGCGUCAAUGGAUGCGUUACGGUUGCACCUCCACUCGAUAAUUCCUCCGAAGCCGUUCUUCAGACUAUUCAUACGACCGUUCCGACGAAAGUCAGCGCCGUCAAGUCCCGCUUUACCGCCAAAGACUUAUCGGAGCAGCAGCGAGGGCCCCGCGGACACGGUGAGCGUGAGUGAGACAGAGCGUUCUCUAGUGGAACAGGAGUGGUUCCACGGUGUAUUACCACGCGAGGAGGUGGUGAGGCUGUUGCGUAGUGACGGAGACUACCUAGUCCGUGAAACAACCAGGAACCACGCGAGGCAGCUAGUGUUAUCCGUUUGCUGGGGACAGCAUAAGCACUUCAUUGUACAGACCACGCCAGAGGGUCACUAUCGUUUCGAAGGAGCAGCGUUCCCGUCCGUGGCCGAGCUGAUAGCGUGGCAGAGGGCUAGCGGCGUGCCCGUGACGGCGCGUUCGGGCGCGUUACUGCGGCGCGCGGUGCCCAGAGAGAACUGGGAACUCAACAACGAUGAUGUACAACUGCUCGAUAAGAUUGGAAGGGGUAAUUUCGGUGACGUGUAUAAAGCGCGUCUGAAGACGACAGGACAGGAGGUAGCCGUGAAGACGUGUAGGGUUGCGCUACCAGAGGAGCAGAAGCGGACGUUUCUACAGGAGGGACGGAUCCUCAAGCAGUACCAGCACCCUAACAUCGUCCGGCUUAUUGGCAUCGCCGUACAGAAGCAACCCAUUAUGAUUGUCAUGGAGCUCGUUUCAGGAGGUUCUCUUCUCACAUACCUCCGUACGAGGGCAGCUGCGCUUAGUUCUCGCACGCUGAUGGCGAUGUGCCGGGACGCGGCGGGGGGCAUGCGGUACCUCGAGUCCAAGAACUGCAUUCACCGCGACCUCGCCGCCAGAAACUGCCUCGUCGGAGACGACAACAUUGUGAAAAUAUCAGACUUUGGCAUGUCUAGGGAAGAAGAGGAGUACAUAGUUUCCGGAGGAAUGAAACAAAUACCUAUCAAGUGGACGGCACCUGAGGCAUUGAAUUUCGGAAAAUACACUUCGCUAUGUGAUGUAUGGAGUUACGGAGUAUUGAUGUGGGAAAUAUUUGCAAAGGGAGACACGCCAUACGCGGGAAUGAGCAAUUCAAGGGCUAGAGAAAAAAUCGAUACCGGAUAUCGUAUGCCAGCACCGGAAGGAUGUCCCGAAGACGUGUACGCACUAAUGCUGAGGUGCUGGGAGUAUGAGCCUGAUAAGCGGCCGCAUUUCCACCAGAUAUACACUAUCAUAGACAGUAUAUACAAUAGAUAAGAAUUCAGUGCAAGAUAUUCUUCUGUGUCCGAAUAUUUUUAAGGUUACCGAAAUGCAUUUGAUUUCGUUGUUGCUUGGACAUCUUCGAGAAUUUUUUAAAAACAAAUUGUGUCUAAAAUUGUGUUUCAAAAAUUUUGGAAAAAGUAUUUUUUUGUUUAUAAAUCCAAACAAUUUUAGUAAGUUUUACGCGCCUGCAAUAACAAGAUUGCAGUUCGAAGCUCGUGUUCGGGAUAGGGCGGUGCCUUUACGAUUUUCCAGUGUAAAAUUGCGUACAACACAUAAAAUGAAGGGUUUAUUUUCGUUUUCGAGAACAAUUUCGUUACACCAAUGCGAAAGUGCCGAAACACAUAAGUAAUGAUUUAUCUAAAUGACUAUUGGUAUUGGUAUUCGCAAAGAUACUACUUCUGAUAGGGAAUCAAACACUAAGUCCGUGUUGCAAUAAUCAGGGUAAUUAAACAGUCGACCAACAAAGCAAUGUUCAUCUCAGUUGUACACUGGAUUCGAAGAUAACCUUACCUUUGGCACAAUUUUCGGUAUUAUUUGUGCUAGUGGUGCCAUUACAGUAUUCAUUUUAAAAUCCAUGGACCAAUUUAACGACCAUUUAAAAUAUAAGGCGAUUUUAAAUUAUUAAAGUUAAAUCAAACAAACCAUAUAAUAUUGGUUCUACCAGUAAGUACCUACGGACGCUUUUUAAAAUUAUUUUGAUUGUUUGUAAAUAACCUUUGAAAUUAUGAAUGAUCUGAAAUAACAACAACUGACAAUAUUAAAUCGCAAAUUUCUUUUAUUAUGUCCGGAACCUUGAAAAGUUUAGAAAAGAAGAUAAAAACAUUUUAUUUAAUAAAAAAAAUGUAGGUAUAUACUGAUAAACUUUAAGUCAAAAUAUUUAUAAUUUACACUUACAUUCGCAGUACCUACGUACUGUAACAAUAAGGUGUGGAUCUCCUUCGAGUGGCUCUUUUUAAUUAAAAUUUAAACAUUACAACAUUUCAUUAAAAAGUGUUUUUAAUUCAUAAAUGUUAUUUUAACUAUAUUAAACCUUAUAUAUUGUUUAGUAUUAAUUCAUAAAAAUUUUAGAUAUUCAUAUUCAGAACGUGUUAGAAUUGGUAUGUAUUGUAAGAAAUGUAUGAAUUAAAUGCAAAUAUUCUAAAAAAAAUUGAGUUAUGUAAUUGACUAACCAUAUUAUGUUACACAAAAAACAAUAUAUGGCAGUAACACGAUCCAAACAUUUAAGUACGUAAGUGCAUAAGAUUAGACUAAUGAUUGUAAGGAAUUAAUGACUUAAUUUCAUCAGAAACCGACUUUAAUAAUAAACGUGAUGUAUGUUAGGAUUAGGAAUAAUUAGACCGUUUUACGUCAUUUUCAUUUUUUUUUUCAAAUGAAAGAACCAAUACACAGUGUAACUCAAGAUUAGUUACACUGCCCUUUAGUAAUAUUAACGAAAAUAAUUAAAUUAACCCAAGUAUACCUUAAGUUUAUUUGUUGAAUGUUGCUCGGAUUUAAAAUAAUGUGAUAUUAUUAUGUGCUUCCACGGAUUUAAAAAAAAUAUCGAUAUAGGAAAAGUUUUUGUUUUAUUCAAUUUCGUUUUCUUGCCUCUUUUGGCGUUUUAAGCGCCAAUCGUUUUGGCGGUACAAACAUUAUAUUAGAACAGGAAAAAAAGUGAGCAACUCGUAUUAAUAAAUAUAUUUUAUGUAAGGAACAAAAGUAUUUGAUAUGUAUGAUUUAUUGUAAAUAUUCUUUCGUACAAUAAAGUGCCAGAUAAUAGUAUAAA